CAGCCCAGUGGUUAUGAUUAAAAGGCCAUAAUACAAACACAGCUGGUGGAGAAAAAUUCCACCAAAUAUAAACAUCAAAAGGAAUGCAGUUAUAAACAAAUCUCUCUCUAUAGUGAGCAUUGGGGGAAGGGUUUGUUUGUGUGUGUGUCAAAUGCAAGAAUCUUGUACAACACACAUAUUUACAACCAAGUCAGAUAACUUACCUGAAGGUUCCACUUGAGUGAACACUUGAACGGAUGUGUUUUUAAAAAAUCAGCGACCUCUAUGAAAGAUCUGGGUUAGUUUACAAUUUUUCUGAGGCUACAGAAGCUCUGAGGCAGUGUGUUUACGCCUCUAUGUGACAAGAUAAGCAGAGAUUCUGAAUGUAAACAACGCCCUACUGGUAAAAAACUUUCUCCUGGCUUACCGGGACAAAACACAUGAAAGAUGGCCAACUGCAGACAAUGGACACUGAUGACUGUUGUGCUCCUUAUUGAGGCAGUAGACCUUGCCUGUGACUGGUUUUUCUUCACAAAGAUCCAUCAAACUGAUGAUGACUACAUCACAGAAAACAGCCACAUCCCCUGGCUUGCCCUGGCCUUCUGCGUUCUGGGCACGCUGACCGUCCUCUUUGAAUCCAUCAACCUCGGAUUUGAAGUGUUCACUGACCGCGGCCCAUUUCUCUAUGCUGAUACUGUCUCCAUGGCAACCACAUGGGUGGAGGAUGUGCCCCAGAUCUGCCUGGCCCUGUUGGUGGCCAUACAUCAGAAGAGCCUCAUCCACUGGAUCCAAUUUGUUAAGGUUGCCUGGGCCCUGGUGGAGCUGAUUUUCCGUGGGGUGGGUCAGUGUCUAUAUUGCUGUGUGAUUUCAGAGAGACACAAUAAGGCCGUUAAUUACUUUAUAGCUGUGUUAAAGUUCCUUGCUCAGGCGGCUAUUCUCGGGUGUUCUAUAGGUAUAUUUGUACACAUAGUGAAAUGACAGAUGAGAGGAGUAAUGAUUCUGUUUGACAUGCUGCCUCUGGAACACGUCUGUUGUAUGUUGGGUGGUGAUGUGAAUGACAUGUCAGUGAAUACACACUAUGUCCACCAUGCUCUGUUCAAUCUAUUUACGCAUCCGCAUUAACUUCCAAUAUAUUUGUAUGUUUAUCUAUAUUCAGCUGUACAGUGUUUGUAACAGGUGUUGUAUACAUGUUUAUAUCAAUUAUUCCAAAGUACAGUGGUAAGUCUCCCAUUUCAUGAAUGCAGCCAUAAUAUAUAAAUAUGAUCAGGGCUAUCCCUUAUAUCCUUUCCACAACCAUAGAGUAAAAAUGCAUAAUGGCCAAAAACAGAGAAAGUAACCCCCUGCGUUGGGCCCCAGGGGAGGAUAUUAUAACAUAUUUGGAAUAGUACAGAAGGGAAAUUUGCAUAUUAUUAUUUGUUAAAAUUACAAAUGUCUGCUUUAAAGAAGUCUUCGUGCAUACGUCUUGUCAGAGUGACCCCAGCGCCAUGGCCUUUGGACACUAAAGGACCGAUCCCAAUGCUCAUUCUGUAGGAUAUUAAACAUACUUUUCCUUGAUGCAGAGUGUGUAUUGAUCCAGUGGUUCAUAUUUUUGGGGGAUUUAUUUUUCUACUCACCCCCCUUUAGCGGAAAAUUCUUCAAAAUCUCUGGCUGUUAAAAAGGAUAUUUGAAAUAGAUAAUACCAUAAUAUCGUAUUAAGUAGUAGGAAAUCUGGGUUACCUACACUAUUCAUGUCACAAACUGAAAGUGAUAGUAGUCAGGAACUCGAGUCUGAAUUGACAGUACAGCAUAACAAUGAUAAAGCUAAUUCCCGAACACACACUGUACAACUGUACUAAAGUUUGAACAUGUUGACACACACACACUGUACAACUGUACUAAAGUUUGAACAUGUUGACACACACUGUACAACUGUGCUAAAGUUUGAACAUGUUGACACACACUGUACAACUGUGCUAAAGUUUGAACAUGUUGAAAGUAUUUUAAGGCUUUUAAAGAUAGUAUAGAGUUUCAAGGCAUUGAUAAUUGACUAUUCACAAGACAGAUCUCAGUUUCAUAAAUCAAGGAAUGUCCAGUCAGGCGGACUAAUCACCUCAAGAAUACCGUUAACAAUUUUUGCUGAUUCUACAAACUCGAGUAUAGCUUUCAUUAAAGUGAUGACUACAAUUGUUUAUCAUUUACAAUAAAUACACUAUGUCUAUC